CCCUGACUGUCAGCGAGGAAAAUCAUGGAUCCCUAUUGGUAUCGUAUUGUCAGUCAAUAGCAAUCCCAGUCCGCUGGAAUGCUGCGAUGCAGAGAAACCGUAGGGAUGGAAAUGACGGUUGUUUCAGCACUGAUGAUGGCCCCAGAGGGCGUCCUCUCACUGGACCAUCGCACGAUCCAAACAUUCCUGCCAUGUUAGGGCGGAAAAAUGUGGAUGACGAUUCAUGCGCACGGGAACGCGACAGAAAAAUUGACUCUGGUGUUCUGUUCUGCUCUUGAUGGGACUCAGGGACGAAACGUCGAGCUGAGCUUCAGUGGCAUCGCUUAAGUGUUCCGGGUACACGUGGG